AUGGACGCUCUGCCGGAUGAAGUUCACGAGAUCGGAAAAUUGAUUGCGAAGAGGUAUUAUGAAGCCCUGAAGUGGAGCAGGAGUGAUGUGGAAUACUGGGCACAUCUGACCUAUGCCUUUGAGAAUGUCGUUCUGAGUUCGGGGUUUCUCGCCGCCUGUGAUCGGUGUCUCCAGUAUGAGUGCCAAUAUUUAACGAAUCAUCCUGAGGCCAGAGAAUUGGCUAACAACCUACAAUCGAAUUUUAAUGACCUCAAAGAAGCCUUGUGGCUUGCUCGGUUCUUCCUCAUGCGGAACAAGUUUCACAAAAGGCUUAUGAAGGCUGUGAGUGAUCUGCAUUGUCUGCUGUUGCGGUUUCAUUUAAGCCAUCGGGCCGGUCUCGCGAUGCGCGACUCACCCGACAGCAAUAGCAACGGAUGA